AUGAAUCAAGGGGGCAUGAUGGGAAAGGAAAGUUCCCCUGACAAGGGCAACUACAAGGAGCUUUCUGAGUCAGAUCCUGUCCUGCCCUCAGAGGAGGAGGUGGGCUCUUCACCUACACCAUCCAUACAUGAUGAGCCUGUCCUGCCCUCAGAGGAGGAGGUGGGCUCUUCACCUACACCAUCCAUACACGAUGAGCCUGUCCUGCCCUCAGAGGAGGAGGUGGGCUCUUCACCUACACCAUCCAUACACGAUGAGCCUGUCCUGCCCUCAGAGGAGGAGGUGGGCUCUUCACCUACACCAUCCAUACACGAUGAGCCUGUCCUGCCCUCAGAGGAGGAGGUGGGCUCUUCACCUACACCAUCCAUACACGAUGAGCCUGUCCUGCCCUCAGAGGAGGAGGUGGGCUCUUCACCUACACCAUCCAUACAUGAUGAGCCUGUCCUGCCCUCAGAGGAGGAGGUGGGCUCUUCACCUACACCAUCCAUACACGAUGAGCCUGUCCUGCCCUCAGAGGAGGAGGUGGGCUCUUCACCUACACCAUCCAUACAUGAUGAGCCUGUCCUGCCCUCAGAGGAGGAGGUGGGCUCUUCACCUACACCAUCCAUACAUGAUGAGCCUGUCCUGCCCUCAGAGGAGGAGGUGGGCUCUUCACCUACACCAUCCAUACACGAUGAGCCUGUCCUGCCCUCAGAGGAGGAGGUGGGCUCUUCACCUACACCAUCCAUACACGAUGAGCCUGUCCUGCCCUCAGAGGAGGAGCCCCCAUUCCCCAGCCCAUGCAACCUGUCCCCAAUCCCCUGCACCCUGUCCACUGUCCCCAGCCCCCAUUCCCCAGCCCACUGUCCCCUCAACCUGUCCCCUAUCCCCUGCACCCUGUCCACUGUCCCCAGCCCCCAUUCCCCAGCCCACUGUCCCCUGCAAAUCCCCUGCACCCUGUCCACUGUCCCCAGCCCCCAUUCCCCAGCCCACUGUCCCCUGCAACCUGUCCCCUAUCCCCUGCACCCUGUCCACUGUCCCCAGCCCCCAUUCCCCAGCCCACUGUCCCCUGCAACCUGUCCCCUAUCCCCUGCACCCUGUCCACUGUCCCCAGCCCCCAUUCCCCAGCCCCUGUCACAACCUGUCCCCCACCCUGUCCACUGUCCCCAGCCCCCAUUCCCCAGCCCACUGUCCCCUGCAACCUGUCCCCUAUCCCCUGCACCCUGUCCACUGUCCCCAGCCCCCAUUCCCCAGCCCACUGUCCCCUGCAACCUGUCCCCUAUCCCCUGCACCCUGUCCACUGUCCCCAGCCCCCAUUCCCCAGCCCACUGUCCCCUGCAACCUGUCCCCUGUCCAUCCCCAGCCCCCAUUCCCCAGCCCACUGUCCACUGUCCCCAGCACCCCCACUGUCCCCAGCCCACUGUCCCCUGCAACCUGUCCCCUAUCCCCUGCACCCUGUCCACUGUCCCCAGCCCCCAUUCCCCAGCCCACUGUCCCCUGCAACCUGUCCCCUAUCCCCUGCACCCUGUCCACUGUCCCCAGCCCCCAUUCCCCAGCCCACUGUCCCCUGCAACCUGUCCCCUAUCCCCUGCACCCUGUCCACUGUCCCCAGCCCCCAUUCCCCAGCCCACUGUCCCCUGCAACCUGUCCCCUAUCCCCUGCACCCUGUCCACUGUCCCCAGCCCCCAUUCCCCAGCCCACUGUCCCCUGCAACCUGUCCCCUAUCCCCUGCACCCUGUCCACUGUCCCCAGCCCCCAUUCCCCAGCCCACUGUCCUCUGCAACCUGUCCCCUAUCCCCUGCACCCUGUCCACUGUCCCCAGCCCCCAUUCCCCAGCCCACUGUCCCCUGCAACCUGUCUCCUAUCCCCUGCACCCUGUCCACUGUCCCCAGCCCCCAUUCCCCAGCCCACUGUCCCCCAACCUGUCCCCAUCCCCUGCACCCUGUCCACUGUCCCCAGCCCCCAUUCCCCAGCCCACUGUCCCCUGCAACCUGUCCCCUAUCCCCUGCACCCUGUCCACUGUCCCCAGCCCCCAUUCCCCAGCCCACUGUCCUCUGCAACCUGUCCCCUAUCCCCUGCACCCUGUCCACUGUCCCCAGCCCCCAUUCCCCAGCCCACUGUCCUCUGCACCCUGUCACUUAA